AUGUUUUUCUUCUUUCCUUCAAAAUGCAUCCUUCUUCUUUCUUCCUUUUUUCUUUCUUCCUUUCUGUCUUUCUUUCUUUCUUUCUUUCUUUCAAUAUCUCGACAUUCUUUCUCUCUUUCUUUCUUUCAAUAUGUCUUCUUUCUUUCUUAUUUUCUUUGUUUCUUUGUUUCUUUCUUUCUUUCUUUCAAUAUCGCGACAUUUUUUCUCUCUUUCUUUCAAUAUCUCGUCUUUCUUUCUUAUUUUCUUUGUUUCUUUCUUUCUUUCUUUCAAUAUCGCGACAUUCUUUCUCUCUUUCUUUCUUUCUUCUUCGGAAUGUUAUCUGGCGCUUUUUCUUCGAAGUAUCUAUUUUUCUUCGUCUUCUUCAAAAUCGUUCUUUCUUUCUUUCUCUUCUUCUUCGGAAUAUUUCUUUCUUUCUUCAUUUACAUCAAAAUCUUCAUUUUUCUUCUUAAGUUUUAA